AUGAAGGUUCUAAUCAUAUUUGCUCAUCCAGAAAAAAGAUCUCUUCAACACUCUUUACUAGAUGUUACGGUUAAUGCUCUAAAAAGGAACGGGCAUGAGGUUAAGGUUUCUGAUCUUUACAAUAUGAAUUGGAAAAUUGCAGUCGACGAAAAUGAUUUCCUAAAUCACGAGAAAGGUACUCGGUUACAACCGAUUAGGGCAGCUGCUUCUGCGUAUGAUGAAGGAAUGUUCUCCAACGAUAUCACCGAGGAACAAGAGAAAGUGAAAUGGGCUGACCUAAUUAUAUUUCAAUUCCCACUAUGGUGGUAUUCUAUGCCCGCUAUUAUGAAGGGUUGGAUGGACAGAGUUCUUAAUAAGAAGUUUGCAUUUUCUAAAAGUGGUGAAACCCUAACAGGUCCGCUAGCUGGUAAAAAGACAUUCCUAAUCACAACUGUUGGCGCAUCUGAAGAAGAUUUCUCAGAAGAAGGUUCAUUAGGGGAUAUCUCCCAUACGUUGUAUCCAAUUCAAAGAGGUAUAUUCAAAUUCAUAGGGUUGGAUGUACUUUCACCAAUUAUAGGGUAUAGUGCUGAUUCAAGAAAACCAAUUUGUUUUGAGAAAACCUCAAAAUUGAUUGAAGAACGUAUUGCGAAUAUAUCUUCCAACUAG